AUGGAUGUGCAGGACUGCAGAAAGCCGCGCCUCGGAGAGAAUUUCAGAAAGCGUUACCCCCCGCCCCCACCUCGGAAAGGCCCGAGAAGCUCCGAGCUCCUGCUGCCCCACGGCCACGGGCUGGACGCCUCGGCGCUGGCCGACAACCUGGGGCUGCACGACAUGGCUCACCAGAUGGAGGAGGUGCAGAACGUGGAAGAUCAACACUUAUUAAUGCAUGACCAGACAGUCAUUAGAAAAGGUCCCAUUUCUUUAACGAAAAACAGUGCUCUCAGUCUGCCCUGCCAGAAAGAUGGAUUAAUCGGAGUGGUCAUAAACCCCAAUGAAGUAUUUUGCUCUGUUCCGGGAAGACUUUCCCUCCUGAGCUCCACGUCCAAAUACAAAGUGACAGUAGCAGAGGUUCAGAGAAGGCUUUCGCCCCCCGAAUGCCUCAACGCCUCCCUGCUGGGAGGAUUAAUCCGAAGAGCCAAAUCUAAAAAUGGUGGCAGAUCAUUAAGGGAAAAACUGGAUAAAAUUGGCUUGAAUCUUCCAGCUGGUAGAAGGAAAGCUGCAAAUGUGACGUUAUUGACAUCUUUGGUGGAAGGUGAAGCUGUACAUCUUGCUCGUGACUUUGGCUACGUAUGUGAGACAGAGUUUCCGUCCAAAGCAGUGGCCGAAUAUUUAACUAGACCGCACAUGGGCCGCAACGAAAUGGCCAACAGGAAGAAUAUGCUUCUUGCAGCAAAGCAGAUCUGCAAGGAAUUCACCGACCUCCUCACUCAGGACAGAACCCCUCUCGGGAACACGCGCCCCAGCCCCAUCUUGGACCCUGGCAUCCAGGGCUGUUUGACUCAUUUUAGCCUGAUCACACAUGGCUUUGGGAGCGCUGCCAUCUGUGCUGCCAUGACAUCCGUCCAGAACUACCUAAAUGAAGCAUUAAAAAUAGCAGACAAAACGUACAUGAACGCUGGCGACCAGAGCCCCGCAGAAACCAACAAAACCAUGGAUAAAAUGGAUAAGCACAGGAAGUAAAAGGAGAGAAACCAGACUUCAAACUCUUCCUCCUAAACACAGACUGGGAUCUUCUUGCCGGGGGGAAUGUAGAAAUUUGUUUUUGUUUUUUUUUU